AUGAGAGUGAGAGACAGCUAUUUAGAGAAAUGGGAGGACAUUAGAGCGAGAGACAGGUAUGUAGAGAAACGCAGAACGGAGAGAGAGACAGACAAACAGAAGCACCGUGAGCGACAGGCAGACAGACAAACUGAGAAAGUUGACCCCAGCUGCACCUGAUUGCGUUUCAAAGAUCUGAUUGUGAGCUGCGGUGUCCCGUGAAGGAGCGCUUUGAGCCGCAUCGACCGCCCGCAUCAUAGCGACAUGACGGCCGCCACUAAGCUCCUUGAUGAGUUGUGUCACCUGUCGGUGCAGUCGAUGACCUCGCUGGAGACCGAGGACCACUUCCGGGUCGUUAAGCUGCUGGGGCAGGGGUCAUACGGCAAGGUCAUGCUGGUGGUUCAUAAGAAGACAGGCUCCCCCAUGGCCCUGAAGUACUUCCUGCGGGCGUCGACCUCGCUCUUCUCCUUCCUGCGGGAAUACAACCUGUCGCUGGCGUUCUGCGCCCACCCCUCGCUGACCCGCGCCCUCGGCAUCGCCUACCGGACCCCCACCCACUACGUCUUCGCCCAGCAGGUGGGCCUCCACGGAGACCUGUACGACCUCAUCGUCCCAGAGGGGGGCGUGGAGGAAGGCUCCGUCCAGAGGGUGGUCUCUCAGCUGAGUGGGGCUCUGGCCCACCUCCACGCCCACGGCCUGGUCCACCGCGACCUGAAGCCGGAGAACGUCUUCCUCUGCGACCCCGCCGGCAGCUGGGUGAAGCUGGGGGACUUCGGCAUGGUGAAGGCGGUGGGCAGCCGCAUCCAGGAGGUCUGGUACAGCUCCGCCUACUGCCCCCCCGAGGCCCAGGGCGCCCAGCGGGGGGGGGCUGGAGCGCCGCUGUGGGUGGCGGCCGACCCCAGCGUGGACUGCUGGGCCCUCGGCAUCCUGACCUACGCCCUGCUCACCGGCGCCCUGCCCUGGGCCGAGACCACCUGCUGCAACCCGUCCUACCGCCGCUACAGGGACUGGGUCCGCCGCUGCUGCUGCUGCUGCUGCUGCUGCUGCUCCUCCACCUCCCCCUCCUCCUCCUCUUCCUCCUCCUCCUGCUCCUCCUGCUCCUCCUCUGACGCCUGGGGGUCCGAGUUGUCGCAGGGGCUCGGCCCCCCCGUGGCCCCCCAGUUCCGCGGCUUCACCCCCCUGGCCUGCUCCCUGUUCCGGGCCCUUCUGGACCCGCGGCCCAGGCUCCGGGGGAGGCCGGGCGACGCCCUGGCCUUCCUGGGGGAGGAGUGGCUGAGGGGGGAGGAGCGGAGCCGGCUGGAGGCGGAGAGGAAGAGGAGGAGGAGCGGGGGGGAGGGACUCAGAACCUUGAGUCACCAAACAUCCCAUAAUGACAGCAAGGUGUUAGCGUAGCUUAAUGAGGCUAGCAGAAAAGAAGCCGGCGGUCAGCUAGAACUUAGAUCCAAGAUGGCCGCUAGGAGCAGGGCCUCAGCUCUGUGAUUCCUGGGCUGGACACGCCCACUUGUGAUGUAACAAGUGGAGUGCAGUGACAUCACAACAUCACACCUCUUGGUAAAACAGGCGACCUUUGACCUAUUAAAUAAAAGGUUUUGUCCGAUGAUUGUGGAAGAAAUAUCACAAAUAUUAACUGCUGUUCAGCCAUGUAUGGCUUUAGUAAAAUGUGUAAAACAUUGAUCUUAUGUGAUUAUGUCAGGUUUAUGUGAAUAUAUGUGUGAAUAUAUGUGUUCACGUCCCAUCUUCAAACCAGUGUUUCAACCUGGGGGUCAAGCCCCACUAGGGGUCAGCUGACCUGG